GGCAAUGCUCCUUUAGCUUCAAACAAUCUUCCUCCCAGCAAGCGCCAUCGUUGCAGUGGACCCUCUGGUACUGAGACAGAGCCGGAGCAUGAAAAUAACACAAAUAAACAGAGUCAAUUCGGUUGGAUUAGUUCAGUCCUACGCGGCCUGGCGGCAUCUAGCAACAUUGGCUGCCACUCAUUUCUAUUAGCAGAAUCCUCGACAGCGCCAGUUGAAUCACGCCUCAGCUACCGAGUCCGCGAUGUCCAGGGCUUCCAGCAAGCUCCAGCGCUGUUUCUUACACUUCAUCUUACAUAUGAAGUUAGCCUACCAAUCCGUUUGGUUGUCCUAAAUGAUCUAUCAUGCUAA